CUUCCUCUGAAAAGUAUAAUGCAAAUUUUUCCAACUGAGAUGACAGCAUUGGUUUUGAAAGAUUAAUUUAUUUGAAUACUUGUCUUUAUAUUCUAUAUGAACAUUCCAGUUCAUAUUUAUAAUUAAAUACUUUGAGUCAUGAAAGAUGUUUAAAAUUCAAAACAAAGUCAACCUGUCGACAGGAAUAUGAACAUAUUUCUUCAAUAGACUAACAUGCUCAAAGAAGUAGGAUAACCUGUUUAAAGAUGGCAGUUAUAUUAACACGUCGGUUUAAAAAAAAGGCGGUAGUCAAGGGAAAAAGUUGUUUCAGUUUAUUGAUUUAUUGUUCACGUAACAAAUCCGUGUAUGACUUUCAACUGGAAAGAUUUUAAAUACUUAAUUCUGUCCUAGUUUGUUCAGGAGAAUGCCUCCUUAUUUCAGCAGGUGGCAGUGUUUUCCUGUAUAUAUCAUACUCUAGCUCAGAAGAAAGCUAGUAGGAAGUAAGCUUGUAUUUUUUCCAUCUUACCAGAGUAGCAUUCACAGGCUACUGUGGAUUUAAUUGAAACUUCCAAGAAAUGCCUCUGCCAAGAUUGUUGAUGGUGGUCACAGGAGACGAUUUUGGCUACUGCCCGAGAAGGAACCAGGGGAUUGUGGAUUGCUUUUUGGCCGGAGGCAUUUCCAAUGUAUCCCUGCUUGUUAAUGCCUCGGCUGCCAAAGAGGCAGCUGACCUGGCUGGCAGACACAAAAUCCCAAUUGGCCUCCAUGCCAACCUGUCUGAGGGCACCCCUGUGUAUCAGCACCUCCAACAGAUUUCCACACUCGUUAACCCUCAAGGCUUCUUCCAUGGAAAGAUGGGUUUUCGCCAGGCCUUGGAGAAAGGCCAGCUCAGCAUGAACCAGGUAGAGCUGGAGCUGAGAGCCCAAGUCAGGCGCUUUAUAGAACUGACAGGUCACCUGCCUCAUCACAUGGAUGGACACCAGCAUGUUCAUGUUCUGCCAGAUGUUCGUGAAGUGUUUGCACAGGUCCUCUCUGACGUAAGGAUUCCAUUCACUCGUGUUCCAAUAGAGCCAGGUUUGCACAACUGUCCAUGGGUGCCAGCACACCUCCACACUUUUUACAUGGAAGUGGAAAAGGAUGCCCUGGACUCAAUCCCUGUCUUCAAACACUAUGGAAUCAGGUAUAUUUGUGUGUUUAUGAGCCAAAGAUUCAAAGAUAAAGCAUCUUCUGGUUUUUUUUUCUAUUAUUUUUAUUUUUAUUUUUUUGAUUUUUGUUUUCAGCUUGGGAUCUCCUUAGUUUCAAAACUCACAUGCUUACAUUGCUGGAGAGAAAAGAUGCUGGAAAAGAGGGGAAAAAGCCAUCCAAUCUGGCAUAUGUCAAAAGAUGUUAUUAACCCCUUAACCUGCACCAGAACGCCCUCGUGCCAUUUUUCCAUUGUAUUUUACAGGGGUGAGACUUAAGGGUUUAAAUUCUGCCUUAUAUAUAAGCCUAGAGCCCCUCCCCCCCUUUUGAUUGACACCGUAUUCGACCAAUAAUGUUAUGAAAUGGCUUUUUCUGAGCCAAUAAUAUCCAGGGAGUGACUUGAGCUCAUUUUGACAUGCCUGUAUUCUUUCUGGAGUAUUUCUGACUGGUCAAUUCGGAGACUAAAUCUAAAGCCACUGAUGUGUAGCCAACACAUGUCCUGUCAUAAGAAUAUAAGGCAUUUUGGGGUUUGUUUUGACAUGAAUCCACCAGCUGCAUGCGUAACCAUGCAUAAUCUGUGCGCCUUUGUUGCGUCAAAGUUAGGCUCUGUGCGCCAUCAUAUGCCCUAAUGCGUAACGGUGUUUACAGGACUUUUUCUCACCAACGGAGAGACACGUUGUCAGAAAACUGGAUGUAUUUCUUCAGCAGAACUUCACAGCUCACCGGAGUGGAUGAUUAUGGCCGUAAGAGUGCUGACAAGUUUUGGAUUUGAGAAUACCGGAAACUUUCAGUCAUUUGCUGCUAUAGUCAGAGCGAGGUGGGUAGAGCGAGAAUGAGGGGCCGAGGGAAUGGUGGCAUGGGAGGAACAUGGGGUGACACUGGCAGGGUUAGCGUACCGUUAGAAGGGGGGGUUGGACUUCUGAUUUGGCGAUGUAGAAGAAGGAAGCAGGGUGAAGGAGUUCCCAGCCAACUUUCUUUAAAUUACUUUAAAACCGGAGGUAUACACUCCUAUCAAGCACUGGACUGACAGAAGCACUGUUCCUGAACCCUUGCGACAUUAUUAUGGCCAGUGAUAAUCCUAAACAACAAAAGCUUUCUACUUCAACCAGGCGAAUGAAUAGCCUAGCUAGCAAGGUAGCCUCAAUGGCCACGGCUUCCUCCGACUCUGAACCACCUGGCGAAAAUAAAUGCGGAGAUCCUGUUUCCAUGUCCCAACUGAUCACAGAACUAUCUAAGCAGCGGAACAACUUUAAAGAUGAUGUGGCCACAUUAAUUCAAGAGUCGAUUCGCCCUCUACAAGUGUCGGUGGACGGACUGUGGGACGAAGUUGGCUCUUUUCAGGGCUGCCUUGUAGCAGCAGAAAGCCUGGCAGGCGAUA